GACUAAAAUGAUUAUGUACAGUAUAUCGGGGGUUGAUUAAAAUGAAGGUCAUUUUUUAACAUUUCUUCACUAUUAUCAUCUUUAUUCUUGAUUUUUGGCUAAAUAAAAUGUUUGAAUCUAUCUUUACGAGUCAGUUAAAUACAAUGAUCAAAAAGAGUUUGAAGUCAUACAUAAAAUUGAGGUAUGUAAAAUCUAGGUUCCAAUGUAGGGCAACAUUCUAUGGCUUGUAUUAUAUAUAAAUAAUAUUAUUAAUUUUUUUUUUUAGUUCGUGCAACAACUGGUUGAAUCAAAGAAAUACAUGGUAUUUGAAGAAGAGCUUAUGAGCCUUGUACGCUGUCAGGAAGUUGGGUGUGCCUUGGCAAUAGAGGAAAAGCAAGUGAUUCAAGUUGGAAGCAUGUUAACCAUUACUGGUACAUGUAUGAAAGGUCAUUGUUUCAAAUGGUCUUCGCAACCACGCUGUUGUGGGCCUAAAAGUCGCCCAGCUGGAAACGUUGCAUUAGCUGCAGCAACACUCUUGACUGGGAAUACACAAACAACGCUUAAUGAGAUGUGUAAUGUCAUAAAUUUAGCCACGAUAAAAAAAUCAUCUUUCUAUGAAAUACAAAGAGAUAUCUUGCUACCAAAUAUCCAAAAGAUGUAUAAUGCCCAUAUAGAGGAUAUACACAAAGCUUAUGAAUAUUUGCCAACAAAAGUAACUGUUGCAGGUGAUGCAAGACACGACUCUCCUGGGCACUCGGCAGAGUUUGGUCUGUACACUAUUAUGGACACAAUAAAUGAUGUCAUAAUAUCGUCUAAGACAGUGGCUGUUGGCGAGAAGGACGUGCCAAAUUCAUAUUGGCUGGAGAAUGAAGGACUUAAAAGAUGCUUGAAAGAGCUGAAGGACUGCAAGAUACACAUCGACACUCUGGUCACAGACAGGCAUUCCUCAAUCGCCAAAACGAUGAGAGAAAAGUACUCUGACGUUCGACACGAGUAUGACAUCUGGCAUCUUGCCAAAAGCAUUCGAAAAAAGUUGGUAAAAGCAUGCGGCAAGCAUCAAGAAAUAAGACCUUGGCAGAAAGCCAUCAUAAAUCACUUUUGGUGGUCUGCUGAAACGUGUAACGGAAGCUACACGCAGUUUAAAGAGAGAUGGACGUCCAUAUUAAGACAUAUUGUUGAUAGGCACAAAUGGAUUUGCUGUGAAGAAUUCCAUCAGUGUGAGCAUGAUGAAGUGGACAUGUCGAAGCUUUGGUUAACAGAGGGCAGCGAUGCUCACAGAGCUCUGCAAGUGAUUGUGGCAGAAAACAAAUUACUGAAAGACUUGGAACAUGCUGUUGAAUUCUGCCAUACUGGAAAUCUGGAGGUGUUUCAUAGCAUGCUCCUAAAGUACAUGCCAAAGAGAUCCAGGUUUGGCCAUGAAUGUAUGAUUGCUAGAGGCAUGCUGGCAGUUAUUGAUCACAACCUCAAUGUCCAUCGUGAACACGGCACAUUGUCAGAUGGAGGAAAGCAGUACAAGCUGGAGUGGUCUAAAAGAUCAAAGCAGUUCGUUGUUAAAAGGAUCAAAGAGGCAAAAGAUUACUCCUUUCGGGAACAAUUAAUGAUCGGAGUAUUUGAGAGAGCAGUUAAUGGUGACAAGAGCAGAUCGACACUCCUUGACCCUGAGAGUACCAGGUUGAUAGAAGAACACAAGAAAUCUAAGAGGGGAGAGAAGCCUUCAAAGGAAGAAGCAGUAGCUGGGCACAUGUCCAGAAUGAAAUGAAGGCUAGUGUUCUGUUUCGAA